GUACCCUGACUCUCGCAGGGUCGAUGGUCAUUCAUUAGUGCAGCUCUAUCUUAUCAGCGCGGUUUAUGAUUGUGGCUUUGCUGCACAGGCUGUCGGAGAAGCUCCCACGCGUUGCGCACAGCUUGAGCGCGAUGAUGAAGCCGCAGGUUGUGUUUGUUUUGGGCGGGCCUGGCGCGGGGAAGGGGACGCAAUGCGCGAGGAUCGUGGAGAACUACAGCUACACUCACCUGUCUGCCGGAGACCUGCUGAGAGAGGAGCGCAGCCGACCCUCGGAGUUCGGUCAGCUCAUCGACAGCUACAUCAAAGAGGGCAAAAUAGUUCCUGUUGAAAUCACCAUCAACUUGCUGAAAAAGGCGAUGGAAGAGACCAUGAAAGCCGACGAAAAGAAGUUCCGCUUUCUCAUCGACGGGUUCCCGCGAAACCAAGACAACCUGCAGGGAUGGAACACGGUGAUGGAUGGGAAGGCGGAUGUCAAGUUUGUGCUCUUCUUCGACUGCAGUAAUGAGGUUUGCAUUGACAGAUGUUUAGAGCGGGGGAAGAGCAGCGGGCGCACCGAUGACAACAGAGAAAGCCUAGAAAAAAGGAUCCAGACGUACCUCCAGUCAACACGGCCUAUUAUAGAGCAGUACGAGAAGCAGGGGAAAGUGCGCACGAUCGACGCCUCUCGAUCAGUGGAUGAGGUGUUUGGAGACGUGAAGAACAUCCUGGAGAAUGAAGGCUAAACGUCCACAGCAAAAAUCCAAACUCUUGAAAAUUAAGGUGUCUGUUUAUUGUCGGGCAGCGCUUAUGCCUUCAUAUAUAUAUAUAUAUAUAUACAUUUUUACUCAUUCAACAGUAAAAUAGGGUUUUUUUUAGGCGUGAGAGAGUGUGUGCUUAUACCUAUGUUUGUGAGUCUGAAAGGAAAACACUUUUGCUGAGUGAGCGAAACGUUCUCAGCGUAGCAUUACGCUGACGAGGGACAGUAUUUCAUUCGAAAAUCGAGCAUUUCGAGCGAUGAUGUUCAGGGCACUUCUGUAGUGAACACGCACGCUUCUGCUCUUAACUUCAGGAUAAUCUUCCACAUUAAACACGAUUCGAAAUAAGCCAAGAAUGUGUGGGAAAAUUCUGCAGUCGCUAUUGGCUCCUGCACUUAACCCUUUCUUUCUGUAACCUAUAAAUGACCAACGGGAAGAGUGCUUGAGUAGAUCUCCAGACCUGUUUGUGUUAUAUUUGGUCACUUGUUUCUCAUUGUUUUGUGUAGCAAUCCACAGCAGGUUCUGAGGACCGUUUGCAGGCCACCCGAGAGAGAGAGCUGAGUUUUAGCUGCGUGUUUUUUUUGUUUUGUUUUAUCAUAUUGUGGCCGCCGUAUUCCGAACACGUGCCAUCUUUGCUCAGGCGGAGGAUUUUAAGAUGUGGGGAAUGGGAGCUCAUGCUUUUAUUUGAUUGUCUCAGCAUCUUGGUG